AUGAGGGACAAUGUCCUUUUGACCAGCCCUCCGAUCGUGGAGAAUGCUUCGCUGCUGGAGCAGAUGAAGCAGUUUGAAAAGGAGAUACAGGGGAUGAAAGAGAAAAUCACUCCAGUGCAAAGCAACGAAGAAGAAAUUCUGAAUCUGAAGGAGCUUCAUGCUAUGCUGAGCCAGGAUAUGAAUCUAAUAAAGGAUGAAGCUAAUAAGAAAACUGAGAGUCGUCAGGGGUACGUGGAUUUGCACCAAGCUCUAACUGAAGCUGAAGACAACGAGUUGAGAGUUGUCAGAGUAUCAUCAGAUUCACCUAUCUGGUUGAAGAGCAUCUAUGACAUAAAAUCAUGGGUCGACUCUGAGUUAUACAUCCCACUCAAUGUGAGGGGCCAGCACUGGUUCUUGGCUAUUGUUAAUCUGAAGAAGAGAGAUGUCACUUUGUACAACAGCCUGAGUACCGAGUUGAAAGAGAACAACGAGUUGAUUGUCGUGCAGAUAACGGACGGACUGAGAUGGCUAUUUCAUAUUCUUGAUAAUGGAUCUAAGAACUGGGAGAAGCCAUGGAGUUUGAAGACAAUCAGUGAUAGACCUGGACAAGACAACUCGGAUGAUUGUGGCAUGUUCAUGCUAAAAUAUAUAGACUUCUUGAGCAGCAUGCGCAAAAUUGACUUCAUGAAGGUGCCAGUUGAAAUUGUUGUGUUGCCAAAGCUCCGAAAUUAUCUUCAGAACUUCCUGUGGAGGUAG